AUGCAUUUUCCAUCAUCUAGCGACCAGUUGCCCGAGGUCACUCAUAUCUCCCCACACCAAUCCACCAUAUCUGAAGUGCACGAGGACCUCUCCAUAGUCCCUAUCCUGAGCACGUUUCCCGUGUUCUCUCCAUACGAUCAUUUCCCCGCACUCACACAUCAGACCCUUUGUCUCCAAAUCGGUGCGGGGGAGUCCGAGUCUUAUCCCUGGCCAAUAGAUCAGUCGGAUUUAGGCUCUGACUACAAUAGCGUGUACUGUAGUCCACAUCCACUGCCGCACGCUAAGCCUGUGUUCACACCUGCUCUUGGUUUUGCACCAGCUGAGAGAACGCACACCAAUUCAGACCGCCGACGGGCUCAGAAUCGCGCAGCCCAGCGUGCGUUCCAUCAGCGUAAAGAGAUGCACACCCGCAACCUCGAAGCACAGGUCGCAACUUUAAGCGAAAACUACGCAAAGCUUGUUAUAUCCCACUCUAAACUCACUACCGCAUACAAGGAUCUUUGGAAAACUAUGAAGAUGUUGACACAAGACAAUGAUGCCGAGGACGAAGACGAGGGCGAGGAGGGAAAGGAGAGCAAGACCAUUGCCCGGAGAAUUAUCAAUUCAGAUACGCUCCGAAACCUGCUGGAGAAAUUACUCAGCGAGUUCAAUGGCGCCAGAACAGCGAAGACAGAGAUUUAG